AUGAAGACCAUUCUCAGCAACCAGACUGUUGACAUUCCAGAGAAUGUCGACGUUACUAUGAAGGGCCGCACAGUUAUUGUGAAAGGCCCGUGGGGAACCUUGUGGAGGGACUUCAAUCACAUCUAUGUAGAGCUCAGUCUCCUCGGAAAGAAAAAGAAGAGGCUUCAUGUUGACAAAUGGUGGGGGAACAGGAAGGAACUGGCUACUGUUCGUACCAUCUGUAGCCACGUACAGAACAUGAUCAAAAGUGUUACACUGGGCUUUCGUAACAAGAUGAGGUCUGUGUAUGCUCAUUUCCCCAUCAACGUUGUGAUUCAAGAGAGUGGAUCUCUAGUUGAAAUUCGAAACUUCUUGGGUGAAAAAUACAUUCGGAGAGAAGCAUAUUCUUUAAUUGAGAAAACAGAGGCAGAACAAAAUGCUCUGUAUUUAUAUCAGAAAGACCUGGACAAUGUGAAAGGAAAGGAAUGGAAAAGCCCUCCUCCACCUAUUCUGCUCUCCCGAACUCAUUGUUCGGUAACGUUCAAACCGGCCCCGUUUAUCUCAGAUGAGAAGAUACCAGCUGAUGGUAAAAGCAUUUUUGAAGUGAAAGGCUUAGAAACCAAUGAAAAAUACAUAUUUGCAAUUGCUGCUUAUUCUUCUAAUGGAAAGCUUAUUGGCAAUGCUAUCGGAGAGACAACGAAGCCAAUUCUGAUUUAUCCACCUCUUUCUACUGUUACUGCUCGGACAUUCCUGACGCAGGCUUCCUAUCAGAUGGAUAACUAUGAGUUGUCUAAGCAAGUGUUUUCACCCGUUUGGGAUUAUUUUGUUGCUUCACCACUUCAGGAUGAUGAGCCCGUUAUUAGUUUAAGCAAUAUAAUGACUAUCACACCCAGAAGAUUGUAUUCAGACAUUUUGGCAGAGACAUCUAUAAUCCUUUUAUACCAUUUCCUUAGAAAUAUCUUUGUCACAAGUGACAUUAAAAUCAAAGAAGAAAACCUCUUCUGUGAUAAUAUUAAAGGCAACGAGAUUUUCCCCACCCAACAAAUUGCUAGACUGAUUGAAUGUGAGAGGGUAUUAGUAGCCCUGGAACUUAGCAACUUCCUAAAUGAUUCCAGUUAUGCCCUUCAAGCUGUGACUCAAUGUUAUGGGCUCCUUGCCCCUAUCAUUUAUCACAAUAUUGUCUUGGUACCUGUCGUCCAGAUUCUGCGGUCAUGGAAGGAAUAUGACUUAGCAGUAGCAAUUGUAAAUUAUGGAAAAAAGAUGUUGGACGUGACAUCGAAGUGCAAGUCCCUAUUUGGUACUCAGAAUGAAGAGGAGCCACAGGAUGAGGGUUCUUCUAAGAAGUCUUCAAAGAGUAAGAAGCCGCAGCCAGUACUAAUGCCUGAAAAAAUAAGUGAACAGCUGACCUUGCUGGAGACACACCUACUCAAACUGACAAAGCCAUCUAUUACAAUGGAACUAACAGGAAAAGAGGACCCUAUAUUUCUCUAUCCAGUAGUUUUAAACUGGGCAGUCAAAAACUCUGUGAAGGAAGUUAUGAAAUUUAAGCAGAGACCUAGGUUCCUGGAGUUCUUUACACAAGUUAUGCUAAAAUGCAUGAGUGAUGAAAAAUUUUACCUCGUGCUAGAUAUAUCAUCUCCCGUCCUUCAGUUCUUGAAAAGUUUCCGAUCACUUGAUCCUAAUAUAUUCUCAUUAUACAAUUCAGGAACAUUAUUACCAACAAGAAAAUUUACAGUAGAGAACUAUAAAACAAUGCUUGAUUCCAUUCUUUCAAUUAAAAAAAGAAGAGCCAAUUUACCAUCAGAUGCUGAAGAAUUUGCUUGGUUUGCUAAUUCCACAGUGAGUGACAAAAAUGUGCAGAUGCCACUAGGCUUUGACUCAAAUGCUCAGUCAGCCCUUGGCUACAAAGAAAAGGAGCGAACAUCAAAUUUGACUCUAGUGGAUCAUUUUACAAAGAUAUUUUUAUAUUGCAGGAGAGCAAUGGUUCUUGCUCACCGUGGUGGCUACUGGACUCUACUUCAGAACUGCUGUCGUGCUUUUUGGAACUAUACUCAGGAGUUACAGAUUCUUCUCAAACAAGCAGUUGAUCUUUGUAAUCCAUUUCCUGUUAAUCAGGAUGAUUUCCUCUGUAUUUCAGUUUUCCCAUUCUAUUUGGGAGCAGAAUUGCUUAUUGACAUGUUAAUAGAACUACAGAAUGUCAAUGCUAUUAAGAACAUGGAAGACAAAGGAGAGUUUGGUGUGUCAAGCUGUUAUGGAAAUAUUAAAAAUGAUAAUGGCGGUUUGAGCCUGAGCUUUGAGCACCCUUUAGAUGAUGUGAAUGUAGUUGAUUUGAAAUGGAUCCAUGACUUUGUAUUAAAAUCUCUUGAACUUUUAUAUCAAGUGGAAAAAUGGGAGGCAUUAGUCUAUCUUGCCAUUCAGUUCAAUGAAAUUUCACAUGAGAGAUACACAGAACAGGUGACACCACUGUUGGUGUAUGCUCAACGCCAGUUGCUGCUACGAAUACAGGCGUGCAAAGGCCCAGACGUCAUUCAACAACCUUGUACAAAGUAUGAGAUUGAUCAUCAAGAGAAGAUUACCUGUCGAAAUUUCAUUGGGAAGCAGCUCAAGAUUAAUCCUCCAGCAAAUAAAGGGAUGGAUAUGGUAAACUUGGCUGAUUCACAAAGAAAGCUUGUCGAUUCAGAGUACAUCCACGCCAAGGAGCUCCUCUGUGUGCCCGUGGACGUGACUGACACUUUGAACUGCUUUAGAGAGACCUUGGAAAAAUCCAGAUAUCACAGCAGAUCCAUCCGGCACAGCCGAAAGUUGCUCUUGUUGUUUCUUGCACAGACACAAGAUGUUCUUCAGGCCAACAAUCAGAGAGAUCUGAAAGUUCAGGCGCUGCAUGAACUUGGAAGUCUUCUCAUCUUCGCAGAAAAGAAAAGGGCUGCUUUCAAGAAUUGGUGUCAGGCUCUUGAUGACAUCUUCAGAAAAUCAGAUGUGUUGCAUACGUGGGAAGAGUUUGGCACCUCUCUCCCCAGUACCACUGACAGCCUUUCACCUCCUGGCUUUAAGGACUACAGUGAGGAAUUUCUGUCAAAAGUUGGCAUUUGGGGAUGUUUGCAAGGAGCAGUCAUAGCAGCAAAGAUAGCACAAUUUAUUAAGAUAUCACAUGUUAAAGAGAGGAUCAACUGUUGCAUUUUGUCUGCAUUACUUUUCCAGGUUCUACCUCUCCUGGCAUUGUAUCAAUAUUUUGUCUCAGGCAUUUGCCAAGACAUAGUCAGAAGCCUAGAAGCAAGACUUCUCAAGAUAGAAGUGCUCAUAGAGUUGGAAUUCUUUUCUGAAGCCUUUUAUGAAAUAUACCAGAUUUUACAUUGGAAAAAUUUACCUGCCACAGCACCUGCUGGCAGUAAAGCUACAGCCAAACUAAAGAUAUUUCAAUCCUUUGACUCAGAAAAACCUCUCACUAGCAAAGAAAAUUUACAGGCAUUGGAUGACUUAAUAAAUAAAGGCUUGCCUGCAUUUCUGGUGACGUUUGGCCAACAGUAUCUCUUAAAUAAGUUCUGUUUGGUCAGAGCACACUUUUUAGUAAGCGUAGCUGCAACAAUAAAUUUUACCUCAGACAAUAGAUGGAGAAUAGGCCAACAAGGAAAUGCUUCCGAGAAGCACAGAGCACCCAUCCCAAACAUAAAAGAACUACUUUUAAAGGAUGAUAAUGACUCAAAUACUGAACUUAUAAGAGCCAAAGAUGAGUUUACUCUUAACACAUUAAAAACAAUUUUACUGUUGGAAGCAGAAGAGAAGCUGACCUUCCUUUUAUCAGAAUUGGAGUGUGGAGGUCCCAAAGACCUGUGUCUUUAUCCUGCUGGUGAUUUGGAGGCUGUCAUGGAGGCCAAGCUGCUGAUGGCCAACAUUGCUCUGCAGAGACACCAGGCAGCAUACAGUGCCGCAAUAGUAUUUUCUACACUUAAACUUCUCCAGGAUUCAAAAAUUUUUAAUAAGAAGGCAUCACAAGAGGACACAGAGACUCCGAUUCCUACAGGAGCUUCUAUCACUGAAAAUAAAGAUGAGAAUGAGUUUUUAGACCCUGUUUCCCUAAAUGCUCGAGAAUAUUUCAACAUCCAUCUGUGGCUGAGGUGCCGCUUGGCAUUGUUGAUUGCACUGGUUUCACAGGUCCGUGGCCUCGUAAUCGUGAAAGAAAAUGAUGCAACAGACUUUGUGAGCCUCAUCAGUGAAGUGUGUGUGGAAGCACAGAAUGCAGGUGACACAGAGAUGGAGGCUGAGUUCUUGAUGCAAGCUGUAAUUCUUGGUCUGCAGGAGAAGCAUUUAAAGGCAGAUAUUAUCAAACACCUUCAGGCCAUAAUACAUUUGCUUGAAGGAAAUUGCUUUAUUUCUCCUCGAUCUUGUUUAACACUGGUGAAAAGCUUCAUUUUGCUGGAUGACCUAACAAAAGCGGAGCGAUUCAAGGGCUCUUCUUCCAAGCAAGACCAUUUACAUUUGUUGACUCGGUCUCACAGCAUCCUUAUCGAGCAGAUGCUCACUUUGGGAGAAACAAUCGAAUUUUCCAGCACUGAGUAUGCAAGUCCAUCCUACCCUUUGAAAAAUAUCUAUCUUCCUCAUGUCAUGUUAUUGGCCAAAAUAAAGAUGAGAAUCGGACACACGAUGGCCAAGCAAGUGUGUUACACUAAUAAAAAGAAGGACUCCUCAAAGUGGCUGCCUGCCCUCCAUCUCUUCAGCAUGGCUCUGCAGCUGUGUAAGGCCUCAGCCACACAAGAACAUGAGGUCGAAGCUGAAAUUCUUUUUCAGAAAGGCAGAAUAGAAUGUCAAGUAACGAUGGAUGAGAAAAUUCCACAUUUACAACUUACGAGUUUGUUUGAAGCUAUACAACUAAGCCUGAGAAAUGAUCAAAAUGCAGAGUUGAUAAGAAACUCCUACUUGGAAAUGGUCCUAUUAUAUUUUCAUCUCAGAAAGUCAAAGCAGAGUCUUUCAACAUCACCAUCAACACAUAAGGCUUCUUCUAGAAGGCCGAGUUAUCCUCAUAACCCAGAGCUAGGUCCAUUUGAAACGUACAGUAUCCUGGCAUGGAUUGCACUGAGGGCUGCUGUACAGGUCAGUGAGGCUGUGCUGGCAAUUACUCUGCUUAUUGGAAGGAAGAAAGCUAGAGUCGAUAAAGUGAGUCAAGUGGCAUUGUUAAAUCUUCCAAAAUUUGCAACUGUGGAUCUUUUGUCUUCAUAUACAGACUAUCUGCUUGGUAUGUUUGAAUGA